GAAUCGAUCCCAGAGAGCCAGCUGGAAGGUAACCAUUGAAAUGAGAUUGAGAUCAGAUCCUUUAACCCACGCAGAGCAUGACUCCGCUGAAAGAUGAAUCCAUUUAUUCAUCCGCAAUCAUUUCUUCAGUCAGUCGAUCGAUCGAUCAAUCAGUGAAUCAAUUAAUCAUCUAACCAAACAAGCGACCAUCCAUGCAUUCACUCUGAUGAAACGCUACUAACGCUCGAAACGUCAGCUUUAAAAACUCUCUACAGUGGCCAAUUUGCAUUAUCAACUCAGUUGAUAACUCACGACAAAAUUAUUCUGUAAUCCUCGCCACUGACAGACCACAGUUUCUGCCACGCCUCCUAUAUCAGUGAGACUAGCAGAAACCUCACAACUAGAUUGACUGAACACAAACGAGCGGCGAGGAGGGUUAUCAGUUUGUUAAUGAGGUUAAAAAAAAAUUCGACAACCUGAUAGAGAAAUUAUAUUUUUGUUGUUGGAUUUUCCAGAAUACUAUGAGGCUUUCCGUUAUUUUGACAAGGACAACAGUGGUUGCAUCACAACUAAAGAGCUGGGAACACUGAUGAAGUCCCUUGGUGUAAACCUCACAGAAAAUGAAUUACAGCGUAUUAUCAACACCGUGGAUAUUGAUGGUAAGUAACGAAAGGGAAAUAGUAUUAUCGUUGCUUUCCUGGAAUUAUCCCCAUCGGCGUACGAUCUCAUUGGUUACUUUGGAGGUCACGUGACCAACACCUAAUAAUUAAACCGUUUCUGGUGAAAAUAGUGAAUAGUUGUUGUCAGUCGAAGGUACUUAGUCCGGUUUCUAUAAACUGAUUGGUCAGUUUUAUCGUGAUGUUAUUAGCUUUAAGAGUCAAGUGGCGUAGGUCGGUCGUGAUUGGUCGGGCUCGAUACGUGAGUGAAGUUAGAUCGUUCUGUUCGGUUCGUUUCUAAUGUUAAUGUCGUGAAUGAGUCGUUUGUAUGGUGCCGUUAGUGGUUGACAACUGUUGAGGGGAGUCUGUUCCAAGUUAGUAAACCAGCUUUCCAGAGUCAGUCGUUGAAAUUAGUUGGUGCUGUAGGUAUUGCGCAGAGUCCCAGUCAAUAGUGUGCUCGUAAGUCGGUGAUGUUCAGCAAUGUGAUUGUUGACAUCGCCUUUCAUCGUCGCUCGUUUGUGUUCAGUCUAGUUUUGAGGUUUCUGCCAGUCUCACCGAUGUAAGAGGCGUGGCAGUCGGAGCAAUUGAUCUUAUCCUCGGUUCAUAGGUUUGUGAGCUCACAAACCUAUUACCACACUACGUCAGUUACUGACUAACGUCAAAGACAAAGACGAGCCGAGGAACAGACAGGGAGCAGUGUGUAAGAUUACAUGUUACCCCGGGUUCAAACCAUUUGCUGUAUUACUUCGGGUUUGACCAGAUAAAAUUAUAAAAAAGAUAAAGCGUUUCUCCAUGGUAACCCCUAUAUGUUGUCUUCAAAAUGAAGACACGUUCGCUAGGAGGGCUGAGAGAUUUAUUGUGCUCCCGACAUUCCAUGAAAGCGCAAGCGCUAUUUACCGUGAGGUGCCACCAUAACAUACUUUCUACUUAUCACAGGAAAUGGUAUGAUGGAUUUCCAAGAAUUUGUGAACCUUAUGUUGACAAAAGAUCAAAAUGGAAUGGAACUCUGCGAAGCUAAAGAAGCUUUUAGAAUCUUCGACAGAGAUGACCGGGGGUUCAUCCUUACAUCGGAGCUUCGGCAAGCGUUUGCGACGUUGGAAGAGGACAUCCCUGAAAGCGAGCUGGACGAGAUUUUAGAGGACAAAUGCCAAUCAGGAAACAGAAAAAUAUCUUUUGAGGGUAAAGAUUUUUUU